AAAAAAACCCGCCCAAAGCCAUAUCUUCUCUCUGUUGCCAGACGAUACAUACACCUCUACUUACAUUCCCUCAGAUUCUCGCCACCGCGCGCGAAUGGCGACGCCUCUGAGCCUAUCAUCGGUGCUCUCCACGAGGCUCGCUACUACUCACUCCGUCUUCCCCAUCCGUCGAAGGGAGUUUAAUAGGCGGCGGAUCAUCCUCGUAACGUCCUGUGCCGGAGGAGGAGGAAAACCGACGAUUCUCGUGGCGGAGAAGCUCGGCCAGGCGGGGAUUGAACUGCUGAGAAAGUUCGCUAAUGUUGAUUGCUCGUAUGAUCUGAGCCUCGAGGAGCUCUGCACGAAGAUCUCGCUCUGUGAUGCGCUGAUCGUCAGGAGCGGCACGAAAGUUGGGAGAGACGUGUUCGAGUCUUCGCGCGGCAGGCUCAAGGUCGUGGGACGUGCUGGGGUUGGGAUCGAUAACGUCGAUUUAGCGGCGGCGACGGAGUAUGGUUGUUUGGUUGUGAAUGCUCCGACUGCGAACACGGUGGCUGCUGCCGAGCACGGGAUCGCGCUUUUAACCGCCAUGGCUAGAAAUGUUGCUCAAGCUGAUGCCUCUAUCAAAGCUGGCAAGUGGAUGAGAAGCAAAUUUGUGGGUGUUUCACUUGUGGGGAAGACUCUUGCUGUUCUUGGUUUUGGUAAAGUUGGAUCAGAGGUUGCUAGACGAGCAAGAGGACUCGGGAUGCAUGUGAUUACGCAUGAUCCUUAUGCACCAGCGGAUCGUGCACGAGCCAUUGGUGUGGAACUAGUUAGCUUUGAAGUAGCUAUUUCAACUGCAGAUUUCAUCUCUCUGCAUCUGCCUCUCACUGCCGCUACAUUAAAGAUGCUGAAUGAUGAGACCUUCGCGAGGAUGAAGAAAGGGGUGCGUAUUGUGAAUGUUGCUCGGGGUGGAGUUAUUGACGAGGAAGCUCUCUUGAGGGCGCUUGACUCUGGUGUUGUUGCUCAGGCAGCUCUUGAUGUUUUCACAGUGGAGCCGCCUGUUCAAGAUAACAAAUUGGUGUUACAUGAGAGUGUAAUUGCCACGCCUCAUCUUGGUGCCAGUACUAUGGAAGCUCAGGAAGGAGUGGCUAUAGAAAUCGCAGAAGCAGUUGUUGGAGCUUUGCAAGGAGAACUUGCUGCUACCGCGGUCAAUGCACCAAUGGUUCCACCACAGGUAUUGAGAGAGCUGAAACCGUAUGUUGUGCUCGCUGAGAAGCUUGGGAGAUUGGCUGUACAACUGGUAACUGGUGGAAGCGGUGUGAAUGCCGUGAAAGUGACGUAUGCGUCUUCAAGAUCUCCUGAUGAUCUCGACACAAGAAUUCUCCGUGCCAUGGUCAUAAAGGGACUCAUUGAACCCAUUUCCAGCGUAUUCAUAAACCUGGUUAACUCUGAUUACGUCGCUAAACAACGCGGUGUCAAAAUCUCAGAAGAGCGUAUGGUUCUUGACGGCUCACCCGAGAAUCCAAUUGAAUACAUAACUGUUCGGAUCGCAAACGUGGAAUCAAGAUUCGCCAGCGCGUUAUCUGCGUCCGGAGAGAUCAAAGUAGAAGGCAGAGUGAAACAAGGGGUUGCAAGUCUAACCAAAGUCGGGUUAUUUGAAGUGGAUGUGAGUUUAGAAGGGAGUGUGAUACUUUGCAGGCAAGUUGAUCAGCCUGGGAUGAUUGGUCAAGUUGGUAGCAUCUUAGGAGAUGAAAACGUGAAUGUGAGCUUCAUGAGCGUCGGUCGAAUUGCUCAGGGAAAGCAAGCGGUGAUGGCAAUAGGAGUAGAUGAACAACCAAGUAAAGAAACUUUGAAGAAAAUCGGAGACAUUUCUGCCAUUGAAGAGUUUGUUUUUCUUAAACUAUAGUCAUAUACUUUCCAUAGAUGCACAUAAGAACUCGACAUGGAUAUAUAAUCUUAUUGGAUGAUUCAUUCUGUACUAAUGAAUGAUACAAUUGAGUGUAUAUGAAACAAAUUACAUAGUUGCUUAUUUUUUCAAAA